CAGCUUUACGAAAGCUACAGCAUGCAAAAAUAACAGACAAGCAAGCAAUAUACAUAAUUAAUUCAGUAAUCCUUACCGCUUUGCCUACCGGAUUCAAAACACCUCCUUCUCAAGCUCACAGUUAG